AACUAAAGAUCACGUGAUGAUUAAGGCGCCAGAACUAUGUUUGAGCGCCAAAUUUAAAAACCAUAUUUCAUACAAGUAAAAUACCAACCAAUGAUUGAAUUAAAAAACUGAAAUUUUUUUUAUCUCCAAUUACCUCUUUACAUAUUUUGAUUUUAUGUUUCCAAGCUUUAAAAAUUGAAAAUUAAAUCUUAGAAAAAUAUAAUACCUAUGGAAUAUUACCAACCUAAACCUGGUUGCCAACGUGACAAAAUCAAAUGUUUUAUCGCCAUUUUGACGGUUUCCUGAAAACGUUUCUUUAACUUUAUUAUUAAUGUUUGGUUUGUGCUUUAUUUAACAAACUUUUAAGAUGGAUGAACCAUCCUCAGAGAGGAUAAGAUGUUUCUUUGACGUGUCUGUGGGAAGUUUACACUCUGGACGAAUCGUUUUUGAAUUAUUUAACGACAUAGUCCCUAAGACUUGCGAGAAUUUUAGAAGUCUCUGCACUGGGGAAAAAGGGUUUGGAGAAACCACCAAAAAACCUUUACAUUAUAAAGGGGUAAUUUUUCAUAGGGUUGUUAAGGACUUUAUUAUACAAGGUGGUGACUUUUCUAAUGGAAAUGGAACCGGUGGAGAAAGUAUUUAUGGUGGAACAUUUGAAGAUGAAAAUUUCCAAUAUUUACAUGAUAAACCCUUAUUGCUCUCAAUGGCAAACAGGGGCAAGGACACAAAUGGUUCUCAGUUUUUUAUUACAACACAACCGGCCCCUCAUCUCGACAAUGUUCAUGUGGUAUUUGGAAGAGUAGUUGGUGGUGUUGAUGUUGUUCGACAAGUGGAAAAUUUGCCUGUGGAUUCCAAUAGCAGACCACUGCAAGAUGCCAAGAUAACAAAGUGUGGAGAACUUGUUAAGCAAGUUAAAGUUAAAAAGAAUAAGAAAAAAGAAAAAGAAAGUGAAAAAUCUGCAUCUGAUGAUGAUAAUGAAAAAAAACAUAAGAAAAAGUCAAAAAAAGAUAAAAAGAAAGAAAAGAAAAGCAAGACUAAAGAAAAAGUUGAAGAAGAUUCUGAGGAAGAAGGUGAAGUUAAAGACCUUCACCCACUGGUUACUUUAACUGACAUAAAACCAGAAGAUAUACCAAAUGUACCUACCAAUAGAUUUUUACUUAGACGUGGAGCAAGCAAAGACGAAGAUAAUAAAAAUCCCAAAAGAAAAGAUGGUAGAUCCUAUGAACAAAGAGGUAGAAGAGAGGAGUGGAAUAAUAGAGGUUACAAUAACAGAAGAGGCAGACCUCUAACAACCAAAAGUGGCAGAGUGAUAAAGGGUAGAGGGAAAUUUAGGUAUAGAACACCUUCGCGCAGCCGUUCCCGAAGCGCCACUCCGAUUCACUGGAAAAAAGAAGAAUUGCGUGUCAUUAAGCUCUCAGAGUUCGAGCGCGUGGAAAUUGAACGAAAAAAACGCGAGGAGAAGCGAUCUCGCAACGACCGCAGCCUUGACAACUCCGUUGGUAGUCUGAAUCGUUCAAAGGAGCAAACUUACACGCCAGAAAAACAACAGCACCGCGACAAAGAAGUGGAUUAUAAUGCGCUUGAUUAUGAGGAUAAUCAUAGCGACGACGACCAUCACGAUUUGGCUAGAAAGAAGGUUCCCAGUUUGGUGCAGUAUCCGCUACCCGGGGCUUUUGGAAAAAAAGAUCCAAAAAAUAUCAAUGAAACAAACGACACACCCAAACAAAACGUUUUGGAUAAGGAUAAGUUAAUUCUUAAUAAACGGUCUGAAGCCUUGGCUUUGGCCCUAGGCGUGCAAAUUAAGACUGGAGAAGAUCCACCAGACGGUGAAAUCGCAGGGUUCGAUAAGAAAAAUAAAAAAGUCGAGAGAGAAGUCAACAGCCAAGUACAUCUUAAACUAUAUCAAUUAGCUGGACAAGACGUUAAGUUUAAUCCAAUUUCUAAUGACGGAAAAAAUAAUGAUCAAACAAGAGGUCGUAACAAGUUUGAAAUUGAAAAACCCGAAGUUAGUUUAUACGAGAAACGUCCAUAUCGUAACGGCCGAAACAAUUUCGAAACUAACCGACGCUCCAGGGGUGGCGAAAGAUUCGAUACGCGACGACCGAAUCCAAGAGAUGACCGUCGUGUUCGCGAUAGAAGCGAUAGAAGAGAUUUUGGCGAUCGAAACCAAAGAGAUCGAGAAAAGGGCAGAGAUAAUCGAGAGAGAGAUAGGAGGUUGAGAAGAAGCCCCAGAAAAUCAAGAUCAAAAGAAAGACGUAGGUCCAAAUCUAGGUCCCGGUCCAAGAGUAGUAGGGAUAAGCACAGACAUAGGUUGACGAGCCGUGAUAGGGCUGAAAAAGCCAAAAACAAACCUAGGUCGAAAUCUAGGUCCAAAAGUCCAAAGGUAACACGUAGGGAUAGGUCAAAAUCCCUAGAAAGGGCAAAGAGGAAUGUUGAAGAAAAGGUCAAGGAAUUUGAUAAGGCUGACGCAGAACAAAAGUAUAAACAAUUGUUACUUUUGAGAAAGAAAAUGGAGCUACUGGAAAUGAAGAAAAAAAGAGAAGUUGAGGAAAAACUGAAGGAAGAAAAAAAAAAGAAAGCAAAAGAAGAAGCAGAUAUGCUAGAAAGAGCCAAAAAAGCUGAUAAACUUGCAUUAGAAAAACAGAAGCUCCUGCAAACUUACAAAGUACUUCAAGAGUUAGACAAGAAAGAUCCUUCAAGAUACAAGAGGGUUUCAAGAUCGCGCAGCAGGUCAAAGACGAAAAAAUCCAAAAGAAAACCGUCAAGCAGUACUUCAAGCAGUAGCAGCGAUAGUUCACGUAGCAGGACACCUGUUAAAAAACAUAGGAAAUAAAAAUAAUUCAUUAUGCAUCUUAGGGUAUUAAUUUAAAGUAAGAAAUACCUAAUGUUUUCUUCUAUAUCAUAUGGCAUACAAAUACGUAUUUUUUCCAAUUUUAUUUUUUAUGUAAUUCUUAGGUUGCAGUUUUUAGUCUUCGUUUAUAGAAUAAUUCAAUAAUAGAAUAAAAAAUAAAUAUUGAAA